GGAAAGCCACUGCUUCCUACAACUGUCACACUGUGUCCACACACUAUUGCUCCCAUGAGCUUGGAUGAGUAAGAGGACAGCAGAAUGGCAAACUCAGCACUGGAGAUUGUGGGUCUUUCACUAACCCUGAUCGGACUGAUCGGGGCAGCAGCGAGCACUGGGAUGCCCAUGUGGCGCGUCACAGCCUUCAUUGGGGAAAAUAUUAUCGUGUUUGAGACCCGGUACGAGGGAUUGUGGAUGAACUGCUACCGACAGGCAAACAUCAGGAUGCAGUGUAAGGUGUACGACUCCCUCCUGGCCCUGACCCCUGACCUGCAGGCGGCAAGGGGGCUAAUGUGCUGCGCUGUGGCACUGGGUGGUCUUGGUCUGCUGAUCAGUCUGAUAGGCUUGCAGUGCACAUCGUGCAUCCGAAACAACGAUCGAGCUAAGCGGGUAGUCCUCAUCAUUGCUGGUACCAUGAUCUUAAUGAGCUGCAUUUGCGUCCUCAUCCCCGUGUCCUGGACGGGUCACGCCAUUAUCACCGACUUCUACAACCCCCUGCUGCUCGACGCCCAGCGCAGGGAGCUCGGGGAGGCUCUCUACAUCGGCUGGGUGUCUGCUGCUUUCUUGUUCGCUGGAGGAUGCAUGUUUGCUUUCUGUAAUCCACGACCUGAAGACACAGACUCAGAGAGGUACCUGUACUCCAAGAGCUCAGACUAUUCAGUCUACCCUCCACAGCAGCUACAGCCUCUGCAGCCUCAACAGCUGGUGAUGCUUCCCCAACCACGACCUCAGCCGAUGCUGUCAAGGCACCCAUCAACAAUCUACAGCUACCAGUCCAGAUAUCCCUCCAUACACAGUGCACAUAGUGGGAUGGCUUAUCUCUGAACAUCUCUCUUGAAUUCAGAUUGGAAUUUAUGCAUUUCAGGUUAAAAGAAAAUCUUGCAAUCACUGUUUCCAUUACUUUUAUGCAUGAAAUGAAAUUUUAUACCGACAGCCUUUUAUUUUGUACACACGAUUAACAAUUUUUAAUAUUUAUGUUGUAUAUUACAAUUUUAUUCAGUCUUUAACCACUGAAAAUUCAAGGCAAUUUACUGUUAAACAUGCACUUUGUUAAUGGGUCAUAUGAUUGCAGAAUGAGAGGAGCUGAAAAUACAUUUACUGCUUCAGUCAUUUCAAACAAACUGUUCCUUAACUUUAAAAAACAUUGGUGUGUCUGAGAUGUUCUUUUCUUUUUUUAAUCAUUACUAAUUAGUUUUAACCAGUAUUAAUAAUACGUGGUACAGAAAAGGAAAAACUAAAGCAGGUGUGUUUAAAGUCUAACAAACGCACAACGCUUUGUGUGGAAUGAAAGGAAGAAAAAGUAGAUGUUCAUUAUGGAUUAUCAGGAUUUCACUGGAAAGUAAAUGCUUUAUUGGGGAAAGACCGAGCUACUCAAAACUUUAAUCCGAAAACAACUGCGAGUCUGAUUAAGUGUGGCAAGAUGUCCUGAUAAGGAGCAAAUAGGUCGCUACAUUAACAUGAAAUGUCGGCUUAAGGCUGCUUGUUUAAGGUGUGGCUUUGGAUGCAGCCUAGCCAGAUGGUUACAAGGAAGCCAGAGAAAUGACAGCAUGAUCAUAUGAUCCAAAUUUGCAAGUCACUUUGAAUGGAAAAGCAAACAGCUCAAGGCCAAUACGUCUCUAGUUCAUUUCUGUGUGUUGAUCACUUCUCUCUUUGUUCAACAGAGUUUUACUUUCUAAACUAACAGGUCGCUUCAUUUCAGUUUUAGUAAGCUCAAAGGCAAACUGCAAAAUAAAAACAGUAAUAUCACGGCUGUUUUGUAAUGCAAAUAUUUGUGACGUACGGGAAAUGUUUUGUUUAUCGUUGCUUGAGGUUACGCCAUGUCUUAUAAAUCCUGGAGCGAUAUGCAAUGCAUGUUGACAAUUUAAACUCAGUUACAGUAAAUGUCAUCUGGGGCAAAGUGUAACUGUAUUUGGACUGUGUCAUGUUAGCCCACUCUGAUUUCAUUAUCCUAAAGGCCAUCUCUGCUCCCCUGUGGACAAUACAAGAACAACACGAGCUGUACUGAACUGUGCCAUACUCACGUUUGCUUCUCAAUUUGUACCACAUGUAGAGAAUAAGAAAACAUGGUAACUAAUAAAAAA